AUGGCAGGACACAAGGUUGCACAUGCCACAUUGAAAGGGCCUAGCGUUGUGAAGGAGUUGAUCAUCGGUAUGGCACUCGGUUUAGCUGCUGGUGGUCUUUGGAAGAUGCACCACUGGAACGAACAGAGGAAGACAAGAGCUUUCUAUGACUUGCUCGAGAGAGUUUGUGUUGCGUCUGCCAUUGCUGUGUUCCCUCCUUCUGCAAGUGCAUCCGAGAGCUGA